AUGUUGACAUUUAUGAGUUAUUCUCCUAAUCUUCGUCGAUUUAAAGCUUUUCUUGAUGCUCUACAUAAAAAUCUUUUACGACAUAAAAUUAUUCUUCCCAAACUCAAUCAUCUUACAUUGAAUCUUCAAGAUGAAUGGAUACUUGAAGAACUCGAACCACUUUUAACUAUAUAUCCAUAUUUAAAAUAUUUAAUUCUUAAAUUAAGAGCAAAAAUAGAAAAGAAAAUUAUGUUUGAACCAAUAGCAUGCAAAGAUUAA